AUGAGUGACGUCCAAGGAGCCCUCGUGCAAGGGCCGCAGCAGCAGGGAGUUAUACCGACGAACAGGACGAGAAGAAGAGGAAUAGGAAGGGGAACGAGAACCAGGACGAGAAUCCACUCCACAGGCCUCGCGCCGCACCAGCUCCCGGCUCUGCUGGCCAGGCUGGAGGCGCUGAUGCCCUAUUCGAUCCCGCUUCUGCGCAGGAUUCAGUUCCAUCUCCACGAGGAGCCGGCCUCGGAGUCGGCGAGGGUGUUUGUCGCUGUUGCUGACGCUACCGAUGGUGAUUCCGCUGAUGGUGAUGGUGAUGGUGAUGGCGAUAGUUGGAGGGGAAAAGGGAUCAGGGAUGGAAAUGGAGAUGAUGAUGAUGCAGAGUUCGUGGAUCGGUGGUUGAGGGCGAAGAAGUCAGGCGAGCGUGUCGAGACGAAGGGCAGGGCAGAUGCAGCAGGAGGAGAAACAGGAGAAGCAGUGACAAGGCCGCAGCCUUGGGUUGCAGCGCACAUCGACCUGGCCAACGCCGGUCAAAGCCAGGUAUGGACCUUUGCGAGCUGGGAGGCCGACGAAGACGACGGACUAUAUCCAUUGCCGUCCUCAUCUUCGGCGGCAGCACCAGCAUCGACAUCGGCAUUACAAUCACCACCAUCACCGUCACCGUCCCCUCCUGACUCUCUUCCUCAUGGCUCUCCCCUUCCCAGCGACUCAUCCACACCCACCCCCACCGCCACCACAGUCCACCACGCCCUCAUGCACUCUCUCUUCGAGUACAUCCACACAACUCUCAUACCUCGCCUGCCCACCUCGCCGCCACCGUCGUGGCUCGAGCUGCAGCGCACGGGCAAGUACCUGACGACGCCGUACUCGCGAGACAAGGUGCUGUUCGCGACCGUCUGCGAGAAACUCUGGGGGUAUUUCCCCCCAGAGGCACGGGCGAGGACCGACGACGGGUACUGGAAGUAUUUAUUCCGGGUUGCCCAGCAGGAGGAGGAGGAGGAGGAGCAGACGGGGAGGGUUUCGACAUGGUCGGCUCUACCAGCGCCCGUCCCACCGUCGUCCUCGACCUCCGCCUCUGCGUCUCCCUCUGAACCGACUCCUCCCCUCCCCCCAACCUACCGCUUCGGCCCCAUGCAGCCCUCGCACCUCCAGGCCGUGCUGGACCGCACGCCCAUCCCGCGCACCCUGGCCACGCUGCGCCAGUACGUCUCGCUGGGCGUAUUUUACCGAGAUCAACCGGACCCCAUCGGAUGGGGGUUCCUCGGCAAGGACGCCAGCCUGUCGAGUCUGCACACCGAGCCCGAGCACCGCGGUCGGGGCCUGGCCGUGGCGCUGGGCCGCGAACUGUUGAAGAGGCAGCAUGUCGUUUCGCCUUUUGCGGCGGCGGCGGAGGUGGCAGCACAAGAUGAAGCAGCGACUGCGAAAACUCCUUCUACUGCUACUCCUGUAUCUCCCGCUGGCAGCUACACCUGGGCCCACGCAGACGUCUCCCAAUCCAACACGGCCAGCCGCCGCGUCAUGGAGAAGCUGGGCGGCACGCCGCGCUGGAUGGUCAUGUGGACCGAGGUGGAUAUCGAAAGGGUUGUGUCGUUGUCAUCCCGUACAUAG